AUGUCUUCCAAGCCUAAUGUCCUCUUGUUCGGCCUCGGUGGUAUCGGCGGUAUCUACGCUUCCAUCCUCCAGCUCUCACAGCGCUGCAACGUUCACGUCGUCGCGAGGAGCAGUUAUCAAGAGGUCAAGGAGAAUGGCUUUGCUAUUGUCAGUCCCAAGUUUGGGGAUCAUACGGGGAUGAAAUUUGCAGGUGUGUGGAAAAGCACCGACGAAGCUGCUGCCAGCGGUGCCGAGUUCUCCUACAUCCUGUGCGCCAGCAAGGCCCUUCUCGAUGCCAGUCCCUCUCUCUCGGACCACCUCCGCCCCAUCUUAAAUCCUUCCACCUCCGUCGUCCUGCUCCAAAACGGUGUCGGCGCCGAAGCCCCUCUUCACAAAUCUUUCCCAGACAACACCAUCAUUUCUGCCGUCGUCUGGACUGGCGGCAAGACACUGUCAGAUAAUAGCGGUGUCGAGCAAUUCAAUCGCGAAGGCCUGACAAUUGGCGUAGACUACAGGAAAGGAGGCGACAAGACGGAGGAAGAUGCAAAGCUGAAGACGCUCGUCGACUGGCUCGCAGCGGGUAAAGGAGACUGCACUUUAUCUGGAACUGCUGCUGCUCCCGCCGCCACGCUCCUCAAAACCGGCCCCUUCUUCGCUUCCUCCGACCUUGCCCUGCCCUUGUGCUACUCCAUCAUGAACGAAGUGGCCGCCGUCGCCAAAGCCAAGGGCCUCACAGUACCCGAAGGUAAAGUGGAGGAACUCAUCAAGACAUGCACGGAUGUAGAGUAUCCCGGGCUGCCGUCGAGUAUGAUGGCGGAUGUCAAGGCGGGGCGGCCUUCCGAGGUGGGAGUGAUCUUGGGUGUGCCUGUACGAGAGGGUAUCAGGCUUGGGGUAUCAGUGCCGACUAUCACCACGCUCUAUACUCUCAUCAAAGCUAUCGAUUAUCGUAAUCAGGACUCUGAUGCUGCCGGCGCUUGA